AUGCCCUCAAUACGGAGUCUGCUCCUUCUCCUGCCACUGGCAGCCUCAGUACUGGCACAAGCAGAGCCAUCAACAUCGCAAGAAAUCGACGUAACUGUCACUUCAAACGCAGAGUUCGAGGAGCUUCUCAACGCCCUUCCGGCAGAGUCUCUCCAUGCCGCUCUACACAGUCACCUGCACCCCAAAUACCAGGACGGCGUCUUCGAGAAAGACCGCACGGCUGUGGAGCGAGUGCGCGACUACAACCCGCCGCUGGCGACGAAGCUGAUCGAGGCCGCGAGGUUGGAACUCCUGAAGCGGCAAACACCUUCGAAUUCAACUGUAGCGCCGCCGCCACCUGUGAGCUCAGAUGUGCAGAGCACUGUCGCGCCUCCCACGUCCAACGUCGCAUCACCAACUGCGUCGCCUGAUGACAGUGUGCCUCCACCUCCAUCAACGGUUGUUAUUCCAGUGCCCGGCAUCACUACCGCGAUCACCACCACCGACAGCGCCGGGUCAGUAGUCACAACCACCACAGCCGUCAUCCCCGUCGAGAUCACCACCACGGACGCCGCUGGAUCUGUCACUGUAUCCACCACGACCGCCCUCGCGCCCGCCCCCACUGCCUCCGCUUCCGAGCCCGAGAACACGACCCCACCCGUCAUCGUGCCCAUCGAAGUCAUCACCACCGACGCCGCGGGCUCAACAGUCGUGAGCACGACAUCCGCGCUCGUCUCCGCCUCCGUCAGCGUCGUCAUCCCCGUCACGACCACCGACUCUGCCGGCUCUACCGUCGUGACAACCACCACGGCGCCCGCAGUCGUGCUCUCCUCGACCAACGCGCAGGGCUCGAUCGUCAUCACAACCUCCCCUGUCCCGACCUUCGCCACCGUCCCAGAGGAGGGCAUCGACAUCACGACGACCAAUUCCCUCGGGAACACCGUCAUCAUGUCCGACGUCACGAUCGGCGAGGUCGUCACGACCACAGACGCGCGAGGCUCGACGUUUAUAACCACCUACACCCCCGGCGGCGGCCAGAUCAGCAGCCUCGUUCUGCAGACGGUGACGGGUCUGAAUGGCCAGCCGCUGACCCUCACAAGCUACGCGGUCGUCACACCGCCGGGUAGCAGGACGGCGACCGCGGGCGGCCAGGUCACGACGACGAGCUCGGGGACGCCGAGGGCGCAGUCGGCGGCUGCGGUGCCGCGGCGGGUUGCUCUGCCGGCCAUGGCGGUGCUGGGCGGUGGCGCGGCUGCUUUUUUGCUAUAG